AUUAAAUUAGUCUGUGUCGAGGAAAAAUUGAUCCAAUAUGGGAGUCGGAAGAUUGAUAAUUGGUAUAAUUAUUCCAUUGUCAAUUUUUGGUUGUGUAAGCACUGAAAUCUGCUCGGUCUACAACAACGUGCAAAUUUUGAAGAAUAAUGAUUCAAGAUCCAAUUCCUACUUAAGAUCGUACAAUUUAGAAGAAUACGGGGAACUGUCAAUAGAUAUUGAAAUAAAAUUUGAAUGCAAGGUAAUAAUAUUCAACGCGGAAAAUAUUACUCAUAUUAGUAGAAUCAAAUUGGAAAAUACUGCAAAUCACUACAUUUACACAACUGAUGACUACUCUAUUUACGAGAACAUUAUCUUGAAAAUUUCAUUCGCGGAAAAUAUACCUCCAGGGGGUUAUAGAAUCGACUUUAAUUACAAAUCCGAGAUAGACUCGCCUGCUGUGCUUUCCGAAUGGAUCGUGCUGACCAAUUUCGACGACGAUCACGUUAAUGAAAAAAACAGUAACGCAACGAGAGUAUGGCUCCGAAAAAGUGCUCUGGGCCAUGGGAAAUAUUUAGUGAAAAAUGUCGGAAGAUUAUUGGAAGCUUUUGAAAACUUUACCGGCUUCUCGUACAAUAAAAACAAGUACGUUAAACUGGACUUAUUCGUGGUGCCUCAAAGUCCAAAGUCCAAGCAUCGUCGCGGAAAUUUUAUUUAUGUCGACGAAGAAAUAUUCUUCAAUGAAGAUAAUAUUGCUACGAAUAAUGCCGAACAAUUGUACCGUACUCUCGUAGAAAUGAUGGUUAACCAGGCAUUUGAAGGUUACAAUCCUCCUCAAGUCAGUCCAUUUAGCAGAUUAGCAUUCACACUUAGGAAAUAUUUGGUGUACCUUAUCACCGAUAAGGCUAUUCCAUCGUGGCAUUUACAAGAUGAGUAUGCUCGCCUACUACGAUACAAUAUCUUUGAAAGUGAUUAUCUUUUCAGCCACUUACAUGCAUACGACAUAUUCGAUAGCUACCCAAACAAUGGCUUAGUGCUUCGCAUGAUAGAACAUGCUGCUGGAAAAGAAUUUUUUUCCAACAGUUUGAAGACAUACUUACGAAAUCGAACUGCAGUCUACACUACAAGUUUUUUUACCGUGUUGAUGGAAAUGUCUGGUGACAGAAAAGGAUUUCUAAAGAAUGUUUUUACCAGCUGGAUCAAUAAUAUUGGUUAUCCUGUCGUAACUAUUACAAGAAACUAUGAAAAUAAUUCAGCUAUUAUAACACAGUCACGUUUUUUGAGAAACAGUAAUGAAACUUCAAUUGUACGAUACUGGAUUGCAUUGAAUAACGCAACUCAGGAGAACGCUGAUUUUGAUGAUACCACUGUGGCUAUGUGGCUUGAUCCAAAAAUAAAAUCACUAGAAAUUGUCACACUUCCCCCGGACGAAUGGAUGAUAUGCAACAAACAGCAAUCUAGCUACUAUCGGGUUAAUUAUGAUGAGAGAAAUUGGAAACUGAUUGCUGAUUAUCUCAAGUCUGAAAAUUAUCAAAAAAUUCAUGUUCUGAACCGCGCGCAACUUAUAGACGACGCGUUUGUUUUGGCUGAAUUUGGACACCUCAAUUUCAAUGUCGCAUUUAAUUUGGCGAGAUAUCUCAAGUUUGAGACAGAAUAUGUCCCGUGGGCAACUUUUUGGGAAAAAAUGUUCCGUUUAUAUCAAUACUCUUCAAUAUCUAGUUCUCAAUACUACGAACCGUUUAAAAAAAUGAUUUUGGAGUUAUCUGGCCCACUGGAACGUAAAUUUCUGUCAGAUGCAGCAUUAGAUGGUAACGAUCGCAUGGAAAGACUCAAUAAAAUAGCGUUUAUAAAGUGGACUUGCUUCUACGGUUCAACAUUAUGCAGAACCUAUUCACUUGAUAAACUCAAAAAAUGGCUCGCGGAUCCCGUUGAAUAUCCACUAUUGGAGGACAUCCGAAAAGAAAUACUUUGUGCAGGAAUUCGCAGUGCUGGUAAAGAAACUUGGGAACAAUUAUUGGAGAAAUAUUUAAUUGACAAGGAUGAGACCAUUCUUUUUGCACUCAUGUGCUCAUCAAAGUAUCAGUUAUUGGAGCAAUUAAUAAUGCUUUAUAUUGAUAAUCAGUUAGCUACAAAAAAUUCAUGGUUUUUUUUCAUGACUAUUGCUCAGCGAAGCACAAUCGGCUUAGACGCCAUCAUCCAUUUUAUUUCUCAAAAACAGAAGACACUCUUUAAAAAGAACAGUUAUUAUGACAUCUUCGAAAAUAUGUGCGCUGUUAUUGAGCAAUUUAUCAACAAUAACGUUCAACUUGAAAAUUUCCAAAAAAUAUUAUCUGCAAACCAGAAAUUGCUUGGUUUAGACAGUACUGCUUUACAUCGCGAGACUGCUAUUAUUCGAGUACAACAUGCGAAUUUGGUGCUGCAGCGAUUAAAAGUUUAA